AUGAAUUAAAAAAUAACAAUAUAAAAAUUAAUAAUAUUGAGUUUAUUAAACACUUUUACUAAAUAUCAUAAAAUAGACAUAAAUAUACAACUUCUAACUUAGAUUAUUAACAUAAAAUGUUUAUUUCAUAAGAUUAAACAAUUUUUGAUGAAAGAAUAAUUGAAUUAUUAGAUUAACAAACUAUAACUGUAAUUACAAAAAUAAAUAGGGCAAUUGAAUAUAUUCCAAGUUUCCAAUUCACUUGGCUUUUUAGAUAACAAAGACGAAGAUAUCAAUGAACCAAUACCAAUAUUACCUAAAUGA